AUGUCUUCUUUUCAAGCCCGGUUGGAAAGUUCUCAACCUAAUAUCACUUCUCUCACCAAUGAUUUUAUCAUGUUCAAAGAGACUAUCAAAACUGCUCUGGAGAUCUUAAAAAAGCAAGUUCAGUCCCUUAUACUAUUGACUGAUGACAUUGACAACAGGAGCAGGCGUAAAUUUCUUUUAAUCCGAGGCAUUGAAGAGUAUGAUACAGAAAACUGCAUUGACACUGUUGUAAAUCUUGUGACAUCAAAAUUAAAAAUACAUACAUUUAGAUCAACUCAGAUUCAUUCAUGUUAUCGUUUAGGAAAAAACACAAUAGCAAAUCCUCGUGCACUGCUGGUAAAGUUUACAGACUAUACCAUUCGUCAAGAAGUCUGGCGUGCUAAGCUUUCUUUGAAAGGAAGUAAUAUUUCUAUUGCUGAAUUUCUUACUCCUCAUAGAAGAGAACUUUUCAAAGAAGCUCGACGCCUACAUGGUAUGCACAGGUGUUGGACACAAGAUAGUAACAUAUAUCUAAAGCUCUGUAAUGGAAGCAAGGUACGUCUUGUUUCUCUAGACCAACUGGCUGAAUAUCCUGUGAGUAAUUCAGAAACUUCCAAAGCUGUAGCCUCCAAACAACGGUCUAAACCUGGAAAAAAGUUGUAA